AUGUGUGGCCUCUCCGCUGGCAAACUGCAGCAGAGACAAAGUCCGGCUGAGGGGUGCACUGCAAACAAGGAGCCAUUAUUUACAGCCGCCUCAGUCUGCACACAGAGCCACACACACAUCAGAGGCAGGCUGAAACUCCGGGGUGGAGGGUUUGCUUCGCGUUACCUCGGAUAACCGGACGCCGAGAUGUUGUGGAAACCUCUGGGGAACAGCUGUCUGCAGCUGAGCCGACAUGCCGGCGUACCAAGAGCGGCAGCGGUGCUCAACGGGGACGUCCUCGGCCGACGAACGUCCACCUCCACCAGCGGCGGCACCGUGAUGGGCGUCAGCAAGCAGAAAACUAUGGAUGACUUGGGCGGACCGAGCUUCGCCACUACACUGUACUGGCUCUUUAUAAAGGGCUAUUUUAAAACAACGCAGCAAAUGCAAAUCGAACACAAGAAGAUCUACGGAAGCAUAUGGAAGUCUAAAUACGGCCCCAUGAUCGUGGUGAACGUGGCCAGCGCUGAGCUCAUAGAGCAGGUUCUGAGGCAGGAGGGCAGACACCCCAUACGGACCGACAUGCCCCACUGGAGGGGCUACAGAGAGCUCAGGAACAAGGCCCACGGACCCCUAACAGAGAUGGGAGCCAAGUGGCAGCGAAUUCGCAGCAUCCUGAAUCCCCGGAUGCUGAAGCCCAAGCACGUCUCGUCGUACACCAACACCAUCAACGAGGUGGUGACGGACUUCAUCAGCCGAGUGGCCUGGCUGAGGGAAACCAAAGGACAGGGAGUCAUGGUUAAUGACCUGACUGAAGAGCUGUACAAAUUUGCAUUUGAAGGUAUCUGCUCAGUUUUGUUCGAGACUCGUAUGGGCUGCAUGAACGAGGUUAUACCCGAGGAAACUCAAAAGUUCAUCAUCUCAGUCGGGGAGAUGUUCCGGCUCUCCCCCAUCAUCGUCCUCUUCCCCAAGUCGCUUUGGCCCUAUUUGCCUUCCUGGAAACAGUUCAUUGCAACCUGGGACCAUCUUUUUAAAGUUGCUGAGAAGUUGGUGAAUAAAAAAAUCGAAGAGAUCCAGCAGAACGUGAACGUGGACAAGGACACGGAGGGAGCGUACCUCACGCACCUGCUGCUCAGUGAACAGAUGACGGUGACGGAGAUCCUGGGCAGCAUCACCGAGCUCCUUCUGGCGGGAGUAGACACGACUUCCAACACCAUCUCCUGGUCACUGUACCACUUGGCGAAGGAGCCAGAGAUCCAGGAACAGCUGUACCAGGAAGUGAUCAGAGUUUGCCCUGGAGACAAAGUGCCGGUCAGUGAAGACAUCACUAAGAUGCCGUUCCUGAAGGCCAUCAUCAGAGAAACGCUCCGGCUGUAUCCAGUGGUACCAGGAAAUGCCCGCGUCACAGCUGAGAAUGAGAUCGUCGUCGGAGGUUAUCUCUUUCCAAAAAAGACUCUGUUCCACCUGUGCCACUACGCCGUGUCCUACGAUGAGAGCAUCUUCCCCGAUCCGCACACUUUCCUGCCGCAGCGCUGGCUCCGAGGCGGCGACGACGCCAUCAAGCAGCACCCGUUCGGGUCGGUGCCGUUUGGUUUCGGGAUCCGGGCCUGUUUAGGACGGAGGGUGGCCGAGCUUGAGAUGUAUCUGCUUUUGUCCAGGGUGAUAAAGCACUAUGAGGUCAGGCCGGACCCAGCCGGAAAGACAGUGAAGCCAAUCACCAGGACUCUGCUCUGCCCCGCCACGCCGAUCAACCUCCAGUUUCUGGACAGAAGAGCUGUGCAGGCCGAGCAGAGCCGGACGGCAUAAGAGUCCUUUUUUUUUUUCUCUUUUAAAUCAGUGUGCUGUUUGGUAUUCACACUGUGCUGCCGUCGUGUCACCAAGCUUUUGUUUCUGCAGUUCACUGCACAAACGGGGACUGGAAUGAAGCCGCACUCAUGCGUACGGGACAGGCUGGACGUGUCGGCCCGUACAGCACAGUUCGUACAGUUAAAACAUGUCUGCAUGUACAUGCCAUGCCUUUAUCCUGCUGUUUGCUCUUAAUCCAUCAUUACCGAGAGGCAAGGGGGUUUAAAUUGUUUGCUCAAACUGCUGCGAGUGCAAAUCUCGUUCAUGUCUGGGUCCUCCUUUAUGGAUCUGUCUUUACUUUGUCCAAAUAUUAUUUUUUUGCCACCGUCCCAAACAGGUAAACUGGCUUUUAAAUCAUCUGUCUAGUCUGUAAGUUUACAAACAGCAGAAUUUAUUUUAUUUGUAUUUUUUUUUACAUUUUUCUGUUUGAAACAAUUCUUGUUUGAAACAGCCCAGAAAAAAACAUCUGAAAAGUCCAUGAUUAAAGGAAAAGAUAUUCUACAUUUAAAUAUUUUCUCAAAUUGUAUAGUUGGAAAUUUGCAAGAACAAAACUCUUUAAUUUUUUUAGGAAAAAAACACAGAAGUUUUCAGAGAUUUUCUACAUCAGAGAAGUAUUUUCUUGAAAAUAUGUGAAAUUAACCUCUAAAGUUCUGAGUUUUUAGUUUGUUUGUUUUUUAGCAGAAAUGCUCUCCUUUUCUUCUUUCAUCUACAAUGGCCCCUAAUUCUCCGUCCCGGGUGUCUGAAGCUAUUUUACCUUUCAUUAUAUUUCUGUACACAGAUAUAGACACUUUUAGUGUCACUGCCGUUAGCACUUUUUUAAUCAAUGGAUAUUAAAGAGCUCAUUAUUCUGCAAUAAUUGUUUUAUUGUUUUAUGCCAAAGAAAGUAUGUUUAUUAAAAACAUUCAUUUGCA